GCGAGCGUUUCCGCUUUGCUCAGAGGGAGGGUUUGGCCGAGAAGUGAGCAGUCGGGAGCAAAGAUCCCUAUAGUCUGCCCCGGGGCGGCAGCAGGAUGAUGAAGCCGGACGGCAAGGUUGUGAUCCUGGGCGACGUGAACGUGGGCAAGAGCUCGCUGCUGCAGCGCUACACCGAGCGCCGCUUCCACGACACUGUCAGCACCGUGGGCGCUGCCUUCUACCUCAAACACUGGGGCGCCCACAGUAUCUCCAUCUGGGACACGGCGGGUCGGGAGCAGUUCCACGGCCUGGGCUCUCUGUAUUGCCGGGGUGCGGCUGCGGUGAUCCUCACGUACGACGUGACGUGCCGGCAGAGCCUCUGCGAGCUGGAGGACCGUUUCCUGGCAUUGGCCGACUCGGCGCUGCCCGACUGCAUCUUUGCUGUGGCCGGCAACAAGUCUGACCUGACCGCCGAGAGCGCAGAGCCGGGAGCUCGGCCGCCCGCGCAGAGGCAGGUGACCAGGGACGAUGCCAUCCGCCUGUACAAGCAGCUGCUCAAGUACCGGAUGCUGGAGGAGAGGGACCUGCCUGUGGCGGAGAGCGUGUGCUUCGAAACCAGCGCCAAGACAGGCCACAACGUGGACCUGCUGUUUGAGACCGUCUUUGAGCUGGUGUUGGCGGGGAUCGUGAAGAAACCAAAGGAACCGUCGCAGACUGUGGAUCUGGGGCAUGGCAUGAAGUCGAAGCAUAGCCGAGCGACCUGCUGUACCUAGGGGAGGCCCGUCCGCAGCCAACCGCGUGGCACAGGGCUGUGUGUGCGAGGGAGGUCCAACAUGGAGGACAGAGGCCAAUCGCCGGCCUACAGUGGAGUUGUGCAUCCUAGAACACAGGGUAUCUGGGACACGCACGUUCCAGAAUGCACGCAACCAAGACUCAGCGCCUUCUAGCAUCAGGGACCAAUGGGUUCUGGAACACGCAGCCAAGGAACACUAUGCUGUGGAACACACAGUCAAGACACAAUGUGUUCUAGAACAGGCCUCAAUGCUCUAAAUCGAGGUCAAAGACAUCCCUGGUUCUAGAACACCCACCAAAGACACACAGGUUCUAGAACACACAGCAAAGGCCCGUCAUGUUCUCGAACACACAUCAGAGCCGCAUUAUGUUCCAGAACAUGCACCAGAGAUACAUUGUGCUCUAGAACAUGCACCUAAUGCUCGUGUAUUCUAGGACACAUAGCAAUGACAUGUUGUAUUCCAGAGCACAGAACCGACACUUUGCAUUGUAGAACACACAGCAGAGGGCAACGUGUUCUUGAGAACACAGCCAAGACCACGAUGUGUUCUGUAAUCCCCCCUGUUCUAGAAUGCACACAGCCAAGACCACGAUGUGUUCUGGAACUCACACGUCCAAGGCCACGCGUCUUCUAGAAUAUGCCGAGUUGUGUGGUGUACUCUAAAAUGCGUUGGGACUGUGUUUAGGUUUGGAAGCGGCCUGGGACAAUAGUGUUGCAGAAUACAUGUGAGUAAAGUACAACACACUGUAGAGCUCACGUUCUCCAAGACCUGCCUGGGCCACUGGGAAUUGAAAUACACGUGAGCCACGUCAUUGUUCUCAAAUACACGUGGGGCUCUGCGUUCGGGAAUAGCGGAGGAUGCGAUUAUCGUUGCUGCAGCGCCAAGUGCUGGAUCACCUGUGAACGUAACUGUCCUGAGCUCUCACCCGAUGCAAGUGAGAUCUCCCAUUUCUGAUCCUCUGUAGCCAGGACUAAAUGCCCAGUUGCCAGCCUCAUAGGUUAAUGCAAUAAGCAACUGUUGCUCACCUUUCUACGUGGAAUUGCUUACCUUGAAUAUUUGGGGUGCAUUCUGAUCUGAUUUCCGCCGCCUUUAUUUCAGUGGACUGAAACUGCAGUGCGCAGAUGAUCAGACUAUAAUUUAUCAAAGUGGCUUGCCGUAACUUAAUUACUUUUAAAAUGAUCAAAAACACAA